AUCGGACGCCCACACUACAAUGUCCAAUAAUUACUACAAUGAAAUUUGGCAUUUGUCUCAACAUGAACUCGAGCUACUGGCCAUUGAAGAUUUUCAGAGGCAAAAUCAAGAUGUUGAGACAACAAUUGCCGCUCAAGGUGGAACGGAUGCUGUCGUCAGCGAUGAGACUACACGCAAAGCUAUUGUUCAGGCCACCACCUAUGAAUUCUAUUUGAAAUAUAUUUGCAUUGCCAAUCGUCUGGAAGAGGUCUACGACAAGAUGAUACAACCCCAAAAACGCCAACUGAUACGCAAUAUUUUAAAUGGCUGUCUGGGUAGGAUAAUUGAGUUGAAACAUGAUUUGGUCAACAUUGAUCUGAUGGAAUUCAGUUACAAUGAUGCCGUGGUGGAGCGCCUCAAACUAACACCCAUCGAUACAGAGUUGAGGGUUCCAAGAUAUUUUCUGCGUGAGCGACGUCGGGAGAUUGAACAACGCAACAAGACAAUGCAUGAUAUCCUUGUGAAGCUGGGAUGGGUGGAGGAGAAUCCGGUGGUGGAACAAAUAACCGAAAUCGAAGCAAUUCGUUUGAUACAAAUGCAUGAGAGAGCUCGUCAGGGUCGUCUGAGAGCGCAUUUCAUGAAGGAGAUACGUAUGCUCAAGGAAAAGGGCAAGAAUGAGGAGAAGGAUAAAGAUCGCAAUGAUGCUGGACUCUUGGCUGCCAUGAAAAUACAGAAAAUGUGGCGUGGCCAUACGGAUCGGCGUAAGACGAGGCGGCGGAAAUUGGAUGAAAUGAUAUUAAUUGGUAUGGUGCCGCCACCACCGUCGGUCCUAAAGGCCCGGGCGGAGAAGGUGGAGAAAUUAAAUGAGAUCUACGAACGUCGCUAUGUCACCCAAGAAGCCUUCCAAGAAAGCUAUGAAUCAACUCUGGAUCGGGUACGUGAAGAAAUUAAAACCAAACAUGGCCCUAGCAUGACCGAAGACAUAGCCGAUGAGAUACGUGCAUGGAUUAAAGAUUGUUAUGACAAAACUGGAAAACUACCAGAAUUCCCCACGGAAGAUCAGGGUGGAUCGUUGCAUAUCUUUAGUAGACCUGGCACAGAAAGUGAAGUAAGUCGCUCAUCGGCUCGUUCAUCAAAGGAGUCACGUAAAACCAAGGACAAAUCUAAGUCACCGGCACGCAGUGGUGACUUGAAUGUCAAUGAAAAUCCCGAUGAAGAGGGUGGUGGGCUGCAGCCAGCGCAAUCGAUGUGUCUGCCAGAUAUAAGGGCAGAAAUCGAAAGAUUCAACGAGAUUUGGCGUGAAAAAGACGAGUCGGGCAAUAUGCGUCAGAGUCACUACUACGACAUGAUUUAUGCCGAAAAAUACGAUGAAGUGGAAAAGGAGUUUCGACGAGUAGUCGAUGAUGUUAUGCGACAGGAAUUGGAACUUUUACAGACCGCCAUUGGCAAAAAGGCCAAAAAGAAUAACAAAAAAGCCCGGCGCUCCGGCAAGAAAAGCAAAAAGAAAAAGGAAAAAGAUUUAACACCCGAUCGCACUACCGAAUCCUUGUACGAAGAAUUGGUGACAAAUGGCAUUAUAAGAAAAUAUCCCGAAACAAAGUUAAGUCAAUUCCUAGGCGACAAGGCCUUAACCGCCAGAGAUGGUAUAAAACCCUCACCCGGCGAUAUACGACAAAUUCUCACAGAAUAUUGUAUUUUACCACUCGGGUCAGAACAGAUACACAACUCUUGUCCACUGAUACGUUCCAUUUUGUUGGUGGGCCCCAAAGGAUCGGGAAAGAAAUCACUGCUACAUGCCAUUUGCACUGAAGUCGGGGCAGUUCUGUUCGACUUAACUCCGGCAAAUAUUGUUGGAAAAUAUCCCGGUAAAUCGGGUUUAAUUAUGUUGAUCCAUUUGGUGUUGAAAGUAUCAAGACUGCUGCAACCAGCCGUAAUCUAUAUGGGUGAUGCUGAAAAACCAUUUAUGAAGAAAAUACCCAAAACCGAUCGUACCGAUCCGAAACGUUUGAAAAAAGAUUUACCAAAAUUAAUACGAAAUAUAGCUCCCGAGGAUCGAGUAUUGUUUAUUGGGACCUCAAAUUUACCCUGGGAAGCUGAUCAAAAAUUGCUACAACAAACCUAUAAUCGUUUUAUAUACAUACCCCGACCGGAUUAUGGAGCAUUGUCGCAUGCUUGGAAAACACUUUUGUGCGAAUAUUCCGGUGGAUUAUCAAAUCUGGAUUGCAGUGUUAUGGCCAAGAUUUCCGAUGGUUAUACAAUUGGAGCGGUUAAUGCCUGCCUUAAAGAGGUUUUGACUUGUAAACGUAAACUACAGUUGCGGUCUCAACCCUUGACUCAUGCCGAAUUAAUAAAUGUUUUGUGCACCCGAGAUCCGGUCUAUCGUGAAGAAGAGGAAGCCUAUGAAUCGUGGUGGACUAAGACACCAUUAGGAAGACGUCGGCAAAAACUAUUAGAAAUUGAGGAAGAGGCACGUUUAGAGGAGCAAGCCCUGGCGGCCAAACAAGGCAAUGGAAAGAAGAAAGUUUGAAAGGGAAAUAAUCCCUCCCCAAAUAAAUAUACAAGAAUAUUUUAUAAAGGCUUAACUUAUAAA